CAAAUGAAGAACAGAAAUAAUGACGACAUGACAGGAUUCUUUAAACAUAUUUGUGUCAUUUCUUUAGUAACCACCAGAGAGCACUAAUAGAGUGACGUUUUAAAAGUUCAAAAUUCAAAUUUUCUAGAUUUUCUAGAAAUAUAUUUCUACUUUAAAAGUUCAAUUUAACCGGAAGAAGGCUGAUUAGAAUAUUUAAUUCCUCUUUAACCAAUUUUUAAAUGUGUUUAAAAAAUAUACACAAAAGUUUCUAAAAAAAUCAAUCAAUCAAAAGUGUAGAUUUGUUAUGACAGUCAUCUGUGACCUAUGAUAAAAAUACACAAACGUCAGUCAAAUGACAGUGACACUAGUGACAGUGUAAAAGUUUUUAUUUUGAUUUGAAUUUAACUUUAAUUUUCAAAAAUUAUAUUAUACAUUCCACUUUCACAUCAUAAAUGAAACAUAUAAUUCUCUACAGAAAGUUUUGGAAAUAUAUAAGUUUAGUUUUCGUUGGAGCAAGUUCAGGAUGGGCAUACUAUCAAGUAAGACAAACCAAAAAUAUUCUGGAGAAUACUGUUGACACCACAGUUUUAUAUUUGAAAAAUAUACACAAAGAAGAUGAUAUCCAAAGCACAGAGUUUAUUGAUUUUAAACAAAACAAGUUGGAUACAUUUAAAUCCACCAUUAGAUCCACCAUAGAUUCUUUGAAAUUUGCAUAUGCCAAACGAUUGGUGCAAUUAGCUAACAUUGGAGAAAAAGAAUACAGAAUAAAAGCUCUAAGACAACUAGUAAAAUUUAAAAAAUUAGAUGACUGGCAUUUUUCUCAAUUAGCUAAUAUGGCAGAUGCAAAAACGGCUAUUGGAUUGGCUAGAAUAGGAGAUGCCGACAAAAGAAUAUUUAUGGAACCACCUUUGAGAUACCACAAUUAUGAUAGAAACAUGUUAAUAAAUGCUAUGAGAGAUUUUUUGAUUGGCCUUUAUGAAAAGUCACAGCAUCCUUGCCUUGGAUAUUUUCUAUCAGAAGUAUUUGUUUAUGAACAUUGCAUGGAGCACAUGGAGCAUAAGAACAAUUCCCACAUCGUGGACAAUGAUUCCUCUGCCUUAGAAUUAAGCAAAUUCAUUCAGUCAGAAAGCGAUAUCUUACCGAAAUGUUUAGAAUCUUUAGUCCAUCAUUGUUGCAUCGAAAAAUACGCCAAACACAUUAUAGAGAGCAACGGCUUGCCACUGAUGAUGGAAAUUUAUCACAGAUACCGAAACAAUCCUGAUAUAGUUAUGAAGUUGUGUAGGAUUAUUUCUUAUUUGUCUUUUGACAAAAGUGUUUUAGAUCCGCUUCACAAAUCAGGUUGGAUCGGAAUUUUAUCCUCAUGGAUGCACCACUCCGACAUUAGAAUAGCUAUUCCCACCGCACGAGCUCUUGCUAAUUUGGAUCCAGAUAAUGACGCAACUUUUGGUCGUCGCUUGUAUUUGCUACAUCCGGUUACUCGGAAUACUAAAGAGCACGAAUUGGACGUUAUUUUCGUGCAUGGACUACUGGGAGGAGUCUUUUAUACGUGGCGUCAAAGACUUAACAAGUCUUUUACUGCUAACAUUAUAAAAAAUUCACGUCCAUUGAAGAAAGAUAGCGAAAAUGAACAGAUAAAUCCAGCUGGUGAUAAUUCUGUAACAAAUAAAUUAUUUUUGCCAUUUGAUCUAUUUAAGGAUCUGAAGCACCAAAUGAAGGAACAUACUAGAGAUAAACACUGUGAAAUAGUUUGUGACGAUCUUCCAAUAAAGACUAAUGAUUGCGCAAUGGGGCCAUAUUCAGUUUAUUAUGAUGAAUGUGAUAAUAAAGAUGGCAAAGGCUGUAAAGAAUAUACGCACUGUUGGCCGAGAGAUUGGUUGCCUGAAGAUAUUGGCAAUUUGAGAAUUAUAGGUGUUAAUUACGAUACCAGCCUUUCCAUGUGGACUCCUAUUUGUCCUUCCUCCAAAGCCAAAUUUACUCUAGAUGAACGUAGUUUUGAUUUAACUCAAAAACUUUUAGAAACAGGUGUUGGAAGAAAGCCUAUAGUAUGGGUUACUCAUUCGAUGGGUGGUCUUAUUGUUAAAAAUAUGUUAUGGAAAAGUUUUGAAAGUGAAGUUCCUGCAAUAAGAAAUAUUUGUUUGAAUACAAAAGCAGUGAUUUUUUAUAGCACGCCGCAUAAUGGAUCUACUUUAGCAAAUUUAAGUCAAGCUACUGCGCUGUUACUGUGGCCAUCGGUGGAAGUACAAGAAUUGAGGGAAAAUUCUCCACAACUCAAGAAGAUUCAUGAGAAGUUCCUAGACAUUGUAAAAGCAGUACCCAUGAAAAUAGUAACCUUCGUGGAGACCAAAGCCACAGUUGUAACUGCCAUGAAAUUCAAUUUUUUGUUAGUAAAACCGGAUUCGGGUUAUCCAGGUGUAGGAGAAUAUUUCGAGAUUCCUCAAGAUCAUCUUGGCAUUUGCAAACCUUUAACAAAACACUCAUUCCUUUACCAGAAAGUUGUACAUACCUUGAAGGAAGUGAUGAAACAAACUGAGCAGAAGCAUUCAAAUCCAAAUGUUGAUAAUGUAUAUAUUAAAGAAAAUAAAGAUGAUGGUAUAUCCGACAUGUCCUAAUAAACAAUAAAGAAUUUAA